UUUUAAACCGGAACACAGAACUAUAGAUGAUGCGUUUCCUGUUAGUGUGGCGCGUGCAGGUUGUUUUGAGAAGCAGGGAAAUCAACAAAGAUGGCGAGGAACGCCGAGAAGGCCAUGACGGCGCUGGCCCGCUUCCGGCAGGCUCAGCUGGAGGAGGGGAAGGUUAAGGAGCGGAGGCCUUUCCUGGCAUCAGAAUGUAGUGAACUACCAAAGGCAGAAAAAUGGCGACGCCAGAUAAUCAGUGAGAUCUCCAAGAAAGUGGCUCAAAUCCAGAACGCCGGUCUUGGGGAGUUCAAGAUUCGGGAUCUGAAUGAUGAGAUCAACAAACUGCUGAGAGAGAAGGGCCACUGGGAAUAUCGGAUCAAAGAGCUUGGAGGGCCCGACUACAGGCGCUUUGGACCGAGGAUGCUGGACCACGAGGGCAAAGAGGUUCCAGGUAACCGCGGCUACAAAUACUUUGGAGCAGCCCGAGACCUGCCUGGAGUCAGAGAGCUGUUCGAGAAGGAGCCUGCUCCGGAGCAGAGGAAGACGAGGGGAGAGCUGAUGAAGGACGUGGAUGCAGAGUACUACGGCUACAGGGAUGAAGACGACGGCGUGCUGCUUCCUCUGGAGGUGCAGUACGAAAAACAAGCUGUGAUGGAGGCAGUUCAGAAGUGGAAAGCGGAGAAGGAGACCCAUCUGCCUGGAGAGAAACCGGCACAAGAGGAGGAAGAAGAGAGCAUUUACAGUGUCCAAAACCAAGAGCCCGAUGAUGAUGAGAAUCGGGAUGAACUGGAGGAAGAGGAGGGCGGAGUCACGUUUUUUGCCCAUGUUCCAGUCCCAUCUCAAAAGGAGGUGGAGGAAGCUCUGGUAAGGAGGAAAAAGAUGGAGCUGCUGCAGCGUUACGCCAGUGAGACUCUUCAGGCUCAGAGUCAGGAGGCCAGAGCCCUGUUGGGUCUCUGAUCAUUGUUCUACUUGUGUGUCCCACUUUGCUGCUCCGCUCUCAAUAAAGCUUCUUCUUUGCUAUUUUUACAAA